CGGAGUAGAAAAAGACCGGCUGGCGGUUCGAGGCAUUCCUACCUUUAUAGCUGGCCUGGAUAAUUAUUGUAUAAAAAGCUCAUUAGUUCUCUUCAUUGGAGUCUAUAUCCUCCGUUUCAUACUCCAAAAGUACAGCUCCGAUUUCCUUCAGUCACUCCUUUCUGAUUUGAGCAUUGUUCGGAGAACAGUCUCCUUGCUGCAGGCAGCCAUAAGGCCAUCGUUCAUCGUCAUUCCUUAUCUGCUGUAUUGUUAACAAUCCCCCCUGGUAUCCACCAUGCUAGGCUCUCUGCUAGUUGCAUCUACCCUCCUUCCAUUCGUCUUGGCUGGCGAAUUAUGGCAGCCGAUACAGCGAUCCCGUUUCCAGAUCGUCCUGAACCGGCCUAUGAAGGUAGACCCUCAAGGAAAUGUCUCUCCGGACGCCACAAUCUUCGAUAUCGACCUGUUUGACAACGAUCCGACGACGAUUGCCACGCUGAAGGGUCAAGGAAAAAAAACCAUCUGCUACUUCUCUGCUGGGACGUACGAGCCGUACCGUCCAGAUAGCCGUCAGUUUCAGAGAAAUGAUAUGGGGGCCCGACUCCCGGAGUGGCGGGAUGAGAAGUGGCUCGACGUUAACAGCCAGAAUGUCCGCAAGAUCAUGGCCAACCGUAUUCAGCUUGCUGCCGAUAAAGGCUGUGAUGGGGUUGAUCCAGAUAACAUGGAUGGCUACACGUAUCGCCGCAACGGAGUGAGCCUCCGCAAAGCCGAUACUGUCAAAUACAUGCGUUUCCUCUCCACAGAAGCCGAGAAGCGUGGCCUCUCCAUCGGCCUCAAAAAUGCUCUUGACAUCGUCGAGGAUGUUUUACCCUUUACCCAGUUCGCCGUGAACGAACAGUGCGCAGAGUACAAGGAGUGCGACGCCUAUCAACCGUUUCUCGAUGCUGGCAAGCCGGUCUUCCAUAUCGAAUAUCCGAAGGCCGCGCCCCGGAUCAGUGGGAAGGAUGUGCAGAAAGCAUGCGAGGAUAGAUUUACUGGAAGUAGCAUGGGAAACUUCUCGACCGUUUUGAAGAAUUGGGAUCUUGAUGGAUGGGCGGCGUUUUGCGAUGGGAGUUCCGCCGAGACGGCCGUUUUGUAAAGACAAUGGUUUGUUUAUGUUCUCAUUCUGUAUUAUUAUCGCCCUUUUCGGACAGACAAACGGAUAUGAUAUGAGUAACU